AAAAAAAAAAAACCGACAACGUUUACGUUGUUGAAAUCACAUUACCUCCACGAAAGAGGGGUUUUGCGAAGGUUUAACCCAAAAUCGAAGCCAAAGCAAAUUCGCCAUGAGAAAACUCUUGAAUUCUCUCACCUUCUUCUCUCACCUCGCUCGUCGAGCUUCACCUUCUCUCUCUCCUCUCCGCGAUGCACUCAUCAACCCUCUUUUCACCCCCAACAAACCCUUAUACACCCCAUUUCAAACCAUGUCAACCCUCAUCCAAAACCCCCCUCAAAUCUCCCCAAGACAACGAAAAAUCAUCGAAAAAUCGCAUCUUGAAGAAGCAUUUGAGUCCGCCAAAACAACCGAAGAAAUGCUCAAAGCAUUUAGUGAGAUGGAAAUUUCAUUCAAUGAAAAGGAGCUUGGUUUAGCUGCAUUGAAAAUUGGUCUUAAGCUUGAUCGUGAAGGUGAGGAUCCUGAAAAAGCUCUUGAAUUUGCUAAUAGAGCUUUGAAAGUGUUUGAAAAUGAAAAGAAAGAUUCUUUUCCUUAUGCUAUGAGUUUGCAGUUAAUGGGUAGUCUUAAUUAUGGUUUAAAUAGGUUUAGUGAUAGUUUAGGGUAUCUUAAUAAGGCUAAUAGGGUUUUGGGUAGGUUAGAGAAUGAGGGUGUUUGUGUUGAUGAUAUUAGGCCUGUGCUUCAUGCUGUGCAAUUUGAGCUGGCUAAUGUUAAGACGGCGAUGGGGAGGAGAGAAGAGGCGCUUGAGAAUCUUCGGAAGUGUUUGGAGAUUAAGGAGAUGACUUUUGACGAAGAUAGUGAGGAGUUGGGGAAAGGGAAUAGGGAUUUAGCGGAAGCAUUUGUUGCAGUUUUGAAUUUUAAGGAGGCACUUCCGUAUUGUUUGAAGGCGUUGGAGAUACAUAUGAAACGAUUAGGGAUGAAUUCUGUGGAGGUUGCGCAUGAUAGGAAGCUUCUUGGGAUUGUUUAUAGUGGGAUGGAGGAGCAUGAGAAGGCGUUGGAGCAGAAUGUUUUGGCGCAGAGGAUUUUGAAAAAUUGGAAUCUUAGUUCGGAUUUGCUGCGCGCUGAAGUUGAUGCUGCGAAUAUGAUGAUCGCUUUGGGAAGAUAUGAUGAGGCUGUUGGUGCUUUAAAGAAUGUUGUGAAUCAGACUGAGAAAGAUAGUGAGACUAGAGCUCUUGUGCUUGUAUCAAUGGGGAAAGCGUUAUGUAAUCAGGAAAAGUUUGCAGACUGUAAAAGGUGUUUAGAGAUUUCUCUUGGGAUUCUUGAUAAAAGAGAACAGAUUACGCCGGUGGAAGUUUCUGAGGCAUACUCGGAGAUAUCCAUGCUAUAUGAAACCAUGAAUGAGUUCGAAACUGCGAUUUCGUUGCUGAAGAGGGCACUAGCUUUGCUUGAGAAGCUCCCGCAAGAGCAGCACUCGGAGGGAAGUGUAUCUGCAAGAAUAGGGUGGUUGUUGUUGCUGACAGGUAAGGUGAAGCAGGCUAUUCCUUAUUUGGAAAGUGCUGCUGAAAGGUUGAAAGAGAGCUUUGGUCCCAAACAUUUUGGAGUUGGUUAUAUCUACAACAAUUUGGGGGCAGCAUAUUUAGAAUUGGAUAGACCUCAGUCAGCAGCGCAGAUGUUUGCGGUAGCCAAGGAUAUCAUGGAGGUUUCUCUCGGUCCACAUCAUGCAGAUACAAUUGAAGCAUGUCAGAAUCUUUCAAAGGCUUAUGGUGAUAUUGGAAGCUAUUCCCUUGCAAUUGAGUUUCAACAGCAAGUUAUAGAUGCUUGGGAAAGCCAUGGAGCAAGUGCAGAAGAAGAACUAAGAGAAGCUCAGCGACUACUCGAACAAUUAAAGAAAAAAGCUCGUGGUGUCUCUGCAAAUGAGGUUCCUAUGAAGGCUCUUCCCUUUCCUAAUAAUAACACACCUGCAGCAUCCAGUAACUCCCAGCCUGACACACCGCUACGUCAAUCCUGACAGUUUAGCAGACAUCCUCUUUCACAACACAGCAUAUUUUGAUGAAUCCCUAUGGUACUGGUAUAAAGUUUGUUUGCCAAUACCAAUAAGCUAGCUUAUAUAAUUUAUUUGACUAGUUUAUUAGUAUUAUUUGACUGAAUUGGUUGCUGUUUUUGAGUUUUUUUUAUACCGAUUUGUGUAGGUAAUUCCUUAAUUUAUUGCUAUAUCUCUCGUAUAUUUUGGGUUUGUCAUUAUAUUACGUUAUAUUAUUUGUAUUUAUUUUUAA